UCUGUUCUGUGGGCAGUGUGUGUAGAGCGUGGAUCCUCCAGCAUGCGCUCUCUGCUCGCUCCGCUCUUCUUCAUCAUCGCCUGCGGAUCCUACCCCUCCAUGACGAUUGGGCCAAAGGAGGGCUGGCAGGUGUACAGUUCGGCGCAGGAUGCAGACGGACGCUGUAUCUGCACUGUCGUGGCUCCAGAGCAGAACCUCUGCUCCAGAGAUGCCAAGAGCCGACAGCUUCGCCAACUGCUGGAGAAGGUGCAGAACAUGUCCCAGUCCAUCGAGGUGCUGAACCUGCGGACGCAGAGGGACUUCCAGUACGUGAUGAAGAUGGAGAACCAGAUGAAGGGGCUCAGGACUAAGUUUAGACAGAUUGAGGAAGACCGCAAAACUAUCAUGGCCAGAAACUUCAAGGAGCUGCAGGACCGAAUGGAUGAGCUGCAGCCGCUGAUCCCAGUACUGGAGCAGUACAAAACAGAUGCUAAGCUAAUCUCCCAGUUCAAAGAGGAGAUCCGCAACCUGUCAGCUGUACUGACUGGCAUCCAGGAGGAGCUGGGAGCCUACGAUUACGAGCAGCUGUACCAGAGAGUCAUCAGCCUCGACAGCCGACUGAGAAACUGCAUGAGCAAACUCACAUGUGGGAAAUUAAUGAAGAUCACAGGACCCGUGACUGUAAAAACAUCCGGGACCCGGUUCGGCGCGUGGAUGACUGACCCGCUGGCGUCGCCCAGAAACAACAGAGUGUGGUACAUGGACACCUACACCAACAGCAAGGUGGUGCGAGAGUACAAGUCCAUGACUGACUUUGUCUCAGGCCUGGAAUCCAGAACCUACUACCUUCCGUUCAAGUGGGCCGGAACCAACCACGUGGUGUACAACGGCUCCCUGUACUACAAUAAGGAGCAGAGCAACAUCAUCGUGAAGUACAGCUUCGAGACAGGCAGGGUUCUGGCCCAGCGGGCUCUGGAGUACGCCGGCUUCCACAACGUCUACCCGUACACCUGGGGCGGCUUCUCCGACAUCGACCUCAUGGCGGACGAGCUGGGCCUGUGGGCCGUCUACGCCACCAACCAGAAUGCCGGGAACAUCGUCGUCUCCGAGCUGGAGCCGGAGACCCUGGAGGUCCAGCGGACGUGGAACACGGAGUACUCCAAGCGCAACGCCGGAGAAUCCUUCAUGAUCUGCGGGACCCUCUACAUCACCAACUCCCACCUGACCGGCGCCAAGGUCUACUACUCCUACAACACCAAGACCUCCACCUACGAGUACACAGACAUCCCCUUCCACAACCAGUACUUUCACAUCUCCAUGCUGGACUACAACGCCCGGGAGAGGGCGCUGUACGCCUGGAACAAUGGCCACCAGGUCAUCUUCAACGUCACGCUCUACCACGUCAUCAAAACCGAGGACGACUCAUAAAGACAACACACUGGAGACUCGAGGAAUCUGGUGGGUACGGCGUGAUGAGGCACUCGUUUCAUUUCUCGCUCAUGUUUCCAUUGCCAAAGCUUGGAAAGUGGAGCAUCUCGAAGGGAAACCAUUGGAGGAUCUUUCCUGACUAAUCUGCAGAAGGUUUUUAUCAGGGACUGUCUGAAUGAAGGUCUGUGUAACUUGCAAGAACGUUGGUAAAUGUGUGUCAAGGUGUCAAACUGGGUUCUUUGCACAAUGCCUUCAGUCGAAGGUACCCAUCCUGGUCCUGGAGAUCUACCCCCCUGAAGAGAUUAGAUCCAAGGCUGUGUUCAGAUUGCAGGCAAAUCAGAUUGGUUUCUCAAUCUGCUAAUCUGAUCUACACUGUUAUCUUCAUGGGUUGGUCUGGUAACAAUGUAGGCGCCCAUGACCCUGUUCAGACCUGGUCACUUCAUAUCACUAGUAUCUUGUUUUUAUCCUCAUAUGAUUUUAACCACAUGCAUUUGGAAUAAAUGGUAUAGAAUAAUCCAUUUCACUCAUUGCAUGGGAAUUAAUAUUGGUUUUUGGUUAUACUGGGUAAGGUUUUGGUUGUGUAAGGCAACUUGGAGAGAAACACAGCAAUUAUAUGUAGUUAAAAUGCAUCUUAGACCACCUCAUAAAGUGGGUUCAGUGAUCAGAUUACUAUCUGUUUUAAAUGUGUCUCAGUCAACCUCCUAGGUCUGAGGAGGUCUGAGUGUUUGAAUUUCUAUCUGGGUUAAUUGCGUGUCCGACCUUCAAGUUGAGUGCUUCCAGUAAUCAGAUUACUAUCUGUUUUAAAUGCAUCUCAGACCAUCUUCUGAAUUGGUGUGUGAAUGGAUUAGUAUUUGUUUUAAGCGUGUCUCAGACCAUGUCCUCAAGUUGUUUGAGUGAUCAGAUUUGUAUCUGUUUUAAGUUUGUCUCUGACAACCUUCUGAAUUGGUUUAAGUGUUUGGAUUAGUAUCUGUUUUAAAUGCAUUUCAGACCAUCUUCUGGAGCGGUUUGAGUGAUCAGAUUUGUAUCUGUUUUAAGUGUGUCUUAGACCACCUCCUGAAGUGGUCUGAGUAAUCAAAUUUCUACUGAAGUGGUUUGUGUUAAAUGCAUCCCAGACCAUUUUCUGAAGUGGUUUGAGUGAACAGAUUUGUAUUUGAUUUUAAUGCAUCUCAGACCACCUCCUGAAAUGAUAGAACUGAUCAUAUUUUUAUCUGUUUUAAGUUUGCCUCAGACAACCUCCUGAAGUGGUCUGAGUGAUGGGAUUUGCAUCUGUUUUAAAUGUGUAUCAGACCAUCUCCUGAAGUGGUUCAUGUGAUCAGAUUACUAUCUGUUUUAAAAGCAUCUCAGACCAUCUUCUGAAGUGGUUUGAGUGAACAGAUUUGUAUUUGAUUUAAAUGCAUCUCAGACCACCUCUAGAAUUGGUUCCAGUGAUCGGAUUACUAUCUGUUUUCAAUGCAACUCAGACCACCUCCUCAAGUGGUUUGAGUGAUCAGAAUUGUAUCUGUUUUAUGUUUUUCUCAGACAGCCUGAAUUGGUUUGAGUGAUCGGAUCAUUAUCUGUUUUAAAUGCGUCUCAGACCACCUCCAAAAGUAGUUCCAGUGAUCACAUUUGUAUCAGUUUUAAAUGUGUCUCAGACCAUCUUCUAAAGUGGUUUAAAUUAUUGGAUUUGUAUCUGGUUUAAACGAGUCUUUGAUGAGUUUACACUCGUAUUUUUGAAGUGAUGAAGUGACCAGGAAUGAAUGUCUUCAGCCAUGUAGCCAUGCUGGUAAUGUGGCAUUCAAACAUGUCAUUAUGGAUUUGACUUAGUCAUUGUUUGUUGAGUUGUGAUGCAAAGGACUCUUUGAAAUCCUAUUUGGGAAUUUGCUUUAGCAUCAGCAGCCAGAGUCAGAGAGAGCACAGUUGGCCACAAUUACUCCUAUUGUGAUGCUGGUUAGCACAGGCAUUUGUUAGCUUGGGAUUCUGCGCUUUCCUCUGAGUGUGCUGUGAUACAGCCUUGUAAGUGUGCACUGAUUGGCUGCAGUUGAAAAAGGGGCGGAGUCUGACUUUACAUCUAUGGGAGGAGGUAUUAAGGUCCUAUUAAGUGGGUUCAAGUAAAUUGAGGGACAAAACUGGGUAGAAAUAAAAAGAUUUUGGAUGCAGCACUUCAAAAUGUGGUUUAAUGUAGUUUUUUUUUUAUUUCUUGCUGUCCAGAUGAUCAAAAAUUAAUCUGGAUACAAUCUAGAUAUUCACAUUUUCUCUGGAAGGUCUUAAUUUGCCUUGAGAACUUUGAAGACGUCACUGAGGGUAUUUAUUCAUUAAGAUCUUCAGGGUGUUAGAUCUUCAUGGCCAUAACUGGGCUUUAUUUUGAGCGUAAGGAACUUUUUGAAAGUUUAUAAAGAGCUUGGAGCUUAACCAUCAUGUUCCAUAUCAUCUAGGGGUGGGCAAUAUGACAUAAAUUUAAAAUUAUAGCAUUUAACACAUUAACAAGUAUAGGAAUACACACAGUGUAUAGUUAAGGCUACAUUUUAAAAGUAUAAGAAGUGUGCUGGCGUGGAAUAAAAAAUAAUUAUGGGAUAAAGUUUAACUAAAAACAAAACUCAGCGCCAAAAAUAGGGAAUAAAAUCUGCAGAAAACACUGCAAACCUUAUGAGGCAUUUAACUCACCACUAAGACAUCUAGUUUUAACAUUGUUUAAUGUCUAAAAGGGAUCAGUGCAAUCCAUAAUCAUACACUAAUGUAUUUAGGUUAUAUUGGCCACAAAUGCCCAUAAAUUCAAACACUGCUGUUACUGGACUGGAUGAGUUUCUAUAAUAUAGUUGUUAAGUAAUGAAAGGCUAGCCUACUGAAAGCUGGUAAUAUUAGUAAAAAAAAUUGUUUAAUGUUUAAAACAUUUAAAACACUUUACUAUUAGCAUGUUUUAAAUGUAACACAACUUAAAGACUAUUGAUUUAAGGAAAAUUAGCAAUAAGUAAUCUCAAAAUGACAAAACAAAUCUAGUAAAACUAUUAAAAAUGCAUAAUACAUACUUUUUAAUUUUACUAAAAUGUAUUCUGCUAAAACUAGACUAAAACUUCUAAUAAAUAAAUAACUAAAAUGUGAUUCAAACUAUUAUACACUUUAAUUAAAAGACUAAAACUAAAUAAAAAACAUCACCGAUAAAAAUGAACAUUGGUGAUAUUGUCAUAUCGCCCACCCCUGAGACCUCUAACUCCCACCUACAGCUACUGUACCUGUUAAUCCAUGAAGAAUCUACUUCUCAUUCAAAUUGAAUAAGUAUUUUCAACAUUUUCAUGCUGAAUAAUGAAGCUCAACAGACGACACUAAAGGCAGAUGCACACUGAACACACCACACAGCCCUCACAAGAUUAAAAAACUAAUAAUUCUUUAUUCAGGUAAAGAGUUUGAGCAUUGUUCAGGAAAAAAAAUAAGUGAUCACUAAAAAAUGAUGAGUUUCUUUGAUUUUACUAAAUUGAAAAUCUCUGGAAUAUAAUCAAGAGGAAGAUGGAUGAUCACAAGCCAUCAAACCACCAAACUGAACUGCUUGAAUUUUUUUGCACCAGGAGUAAAGCAGCAAUAAGUUAUCCAAAAGCAGUGUGUAAGACUGGUGGAGGAGAACAUGCAUGACAAGAUGCAUGAAAACUGUAAUUAAAAACCAGGGUUAUUCCACCAAAUAUUGAUUUCUGAACUCCUAAAACUUUAUGAAUAUGAACUUGUUUUCAUUGCAUUAUUUGUGGUCUAAAAGCUCUGCAUCUUUUUUGUUAUUUUAGCCAUUUCUCAAUUUGGGAGAAAUGUUGUUUGUAGUUUAUUUUAUAGAAUAAAACUACAAUGUUCAUUUUACUCAAACAUAAACCUAUAAAAAGCAAAAUCAGAGAAACUUAUUCAGAAACUGAAGCGCUCUCUUAUUUUUUUCCAGAGCUGUUUUUUCCCCCAGGCCAUUUAAAUGCUCAUCCCUCCUCAUGGUGAGCAUGCGUGCAAUACCAAACACUUCCUAAGAUUUUUAUAUUUUAUACUCAUAAUUAAGUUAUGAGCUAAUUAAGUUGUAAUUCAGAAAUCUUUACAACCAAGCUGAGGUGUUUAUAUUUACAUAGUUACGGCUUUUGUCCCCUCAAACAUAGAAGUAUAUACUAUUAUUUUAAUUGACACCACUAAUAUAUAUAUAUAUAUAUAUAUAUAUAUAUAUAUAUAUAUAUAUAUAUAUAUAUAUAUAUAUAUAUAAUUGCAUUUUACAUUUCUUACAUUCUGUCUUUUAUUUACAUUUAAAUAUCCACUAUAAAACACAAGACACAAGAGUGUCUUAAGCUCUGAAGCUGCUUUCAGUGUGUUCAGUGUGCAGCUGCCUGUAAUGUAAUGUAUAAUUCUGGAACAAUGACUGUGAAGUACAUCAUUAAAAGAUGAUCAGAAGAUGAUGCCUAAUGACACAAUGGAAAAGAAGGAAAGAAUACCAUGAAGAAGAGGAAUACCAUGAAGCACUUUGAGUUUUUUUUUUUAUUAUUUUCAGAGCAGACUGUGCAUUGCCUUUGCAUUGACAUGACGGGGUGAUAAACUGAAACCAUUGCCUUUUCUUCUAUUCGGUGAGGAGUGCCGGAGACGCAGGAUUUCAAGGAACUGAAGGAAUAAUGACUUCAAACAGUGGCACGGAUGGAACGGCGGUACUCGAUUUUCGGUUCUCCAUUUAGAAGACCAUGCCUUACUUCGUGGCACUUUGUUUUAUGUGAUCAAGAGGUUUCUGGAAGCUUUCGUUCUGCAUGAAGGUUUUACCUUUUUUCAUUUUUUUAAACUGUAAUUUAUAAUUGUUCUGGUCCCUGGUCUAUCUGUUACCAACGCCCCGUUCUUCUUUUUGUUGGAUUUUACGGUUUUACGGUGUUGUGCUUUGGAAAUUUGAGUAACCGAGUAAUGUCCCAGUCUUCUCCCGGCGAGACGCUGCUUUGUCGUUAAGUUGUAUAAAGCAUUGUGGCGCUCUUAUGAAUAUGCCCCCAGUGUGAACGACUGUAAUGUUCAUUGUGUUUGUCCGAAUAAAUCUUUUAUAUGAAAUAUAAA